AUGAAAUACAUCGAGAUACCGGAGCUCGCGCGCCUUGCGCAGGUGCUCACCCACGAAGGCCCCGAAUGCUCCGUCCACACCCGCAUCGAGGCCUACAGCUGCAAGAACAUCAAGCGUGACAAGAAGCUCUUCCGCUCGCUCGAGAGCGCAUACAAUGACGAGGUCUCCCAUUCGCCGCCCGUGCCCUCUUUCAUCACGCUCGACCACGAGUCCGAGAUCACCCCCUUUGGACCCAUGAAAGAGCAGAACUCCCGCAAGACCCUCUACCUACUCAUCGCGACGCUCAACGUUGCGUUUCCGGAUCACGAGUUCUCCGACGUCCGCCCAUGGCAGUUUAGUCGUGAGGAGAGUGGCGCCAGCGUGCUGACCUCGCUUAGCACCACGCUCGUCUCGCCGAAUCGUGCGGGCAUGUCGGCCCCGCGCACGUACUCCGCAUACCCACCUGCCUCGUCCGACUUCUUCCCGUCGUCGGUGCCCACGUCAUCGUCGCCCGUCAACUUCACGAAGCCGAGCCCGCACGCACCGCCGAAGGUCAUGUCGGGCACGCACCCCACGCUUUUCCGGAUGUUGGACAACGUGAUCGGCUUGUCGGAAUGCGAGGUCUACUCAUACACGCCGAACAUCGAGCAUGACCCGCAUGCGGACGACUAUUCGGAUGACGAAGACGAUGUUGCGUCGGUGGGGGACGAGGAACCGUCGACGGACGAGGAGGAGCUGUUCCCAUUUGACGAGUACGACGCGGACAGCAUGCCGCGGCACUCGUCCUGGCAGAGCGCGAUGAGCGGGCGUCCGGGAUCCAGCGACGAGUCGGACGAGAUGCCGAUACGUACGAUCUCGCCGACGCACGUCCGGAUGAAGCGGCGGGGUGCGCUGCUCUGGAGCUCGCACUGGUUCUUCCUGAACAGAAAGCUCAAGCGCAUAUUGCUCAUCACCACCUGGGCGCGAUCCAAGAACGUACGGUCUUGGGUCGACGAGGAGAUGUUUGUUGAUGAGAAAGCGACCGAGAGGUUCUUGGGAUGGGAGGGCGCUAUUGGUGCCGGGGCCCGCGCGUUGGGUCUCGGUGCUUCAAUCUGA